UUAUUGAGACGAGAAAUUAAACCAAGUAACCAUCACGUGCGUUCGAUGAGGUUAUACAGUUCUACAUGGCUAAGCAAAAGCUUUCUUGAAACACAAAGUAUAUGCACCGUAUGGCCAGACAAAAUACUGCCUCAGCUGAACGCUCAAGUGCGUGCGUAGAGGAGUACACGCGAGGAAAAGCUGACUUCGAACAAUUUUAAAACUUAUGGAGUACAUAUAAGAUUUUCCCACCAUGCAACUGAUUGACUGCAGCUAAGCAGACUAUGUUAGAUCAAGAUGAUUUAAAUCAAACAUUUUGAUUCUAGGGAGGUAAAAUAAUCUACUGGUAUAUACCGUCAGCGACAGACCGAAAAACUAACGUCUCGCGAGGACAUUCGCGUAGUUCUCGCGCGUCUUUCGCGAUCUGUUGCAAUUGAUGCAAACGGGGUUAACUGUUAAUGAAUAAAAAGAAGAGAAGAAUCUUUAAAAACAUCUCAGGAAGAAAUUGCUUGCUCUCAAUUUCCCCUCAGAAAUGAAUACUAUAUAGUCAGGGAAUUGACAAAGAUUUAGAUAAGGAUGGGUCGCGACUUAAAAGGCACCAAAGUUGCUGCCACGUGAUAAAUAAUCGUUUACCUUAAUUUAUAUAUAUAGUUUUUGACGAACAAACGGGGCGAGAUAGAUCUGUACGGUGAACUUUUACCCUGCUGGGAUAUACAUAACAAGCAAAUCAAUUUGGUUGGUGAAAGUUUUUCAAUCGAUUUAAACUGCACACACAACUGACAAUUAACGCCUAAGAAUUUCUUGACUAUUCUGUGUUUACACCUGAUACAAUAAGAAAAAUAUCCGACAAACUGAUCUGCAUGGCAAUGAGAAGAGAGAAGAGAAAGAAAUGAUAUGAAGAACAGACAGUGGUGUACAUUUACCCAGCACAUUUUCGGUUUCCACAAAAAAAUCUUCUACGUUGGCUAAAAAAGUACUGUUUUUCUUUGUUAAGCAGAUUACCAGUUUGUAAAGUUUGAGAAAAAUAUACAGCACAAGCUUAAGGGUUCGGAAAACAAGUAAAAUGACGACAAAGCUAAUGUAGAUAUAUUUCACACGGCACACCAACACUUAUGAUGGACGCUUAUUCGAGUUUUUAUAUUUUUAUACGUGACACAGUUGGUUUGGUAAUUAUAGCUAGUUUAUGAAGAAUGCUUACGUAGGGAUAUUAAUCCGAAGGUGUGCUUAUUGUUAUUAUCUAUGUAGAAUAUAUUUUCAUCAUCUCGUGAGAGCUGUUCAUUGUUGCCCAGCAAAUACUGGGAAAAACUAUCUAAGACGGCAUUUCACGCGAAAUUGAUGAAAUUUACUGAUCUUCACACCAGAUUACCACAUUAUUGUUAUUCUGUCUUCACUGAUAAAUAUACUAAAUUAAGAAUUGAAUUAAGCACUGUUUUCGUUUUAAGCUCAACAGAUGUUCUCAGAGCAUUUGGCGCAGGGCAUAAUCUGCGCUUUCUUAGCGAUUGCAGGUUCCAACUCCGUAUUAUCUAUUUGUAGCGUUAUUUUCCAAGGUAUUGCUCAAUGCUUAAAACAAAAUGAAGCUUAAUUUAUCUCUUCAGAGAGUGAUUGGGGACGGAAACAUAAUAAUAUGAUUAAUUUACCUUUUAUCGUGUUUGGAAAGAUAAAAAGUCUUGUUAUUCAUUUAUGAAUGCAUCCGAAAUGCGUUCAUUUGUGGACAGUUGAGUUCGGAGGAGAGCUGACCACUAUAAUACAUCGCUAUACAUCGUCCAAUAAUUUAACUACGCCGACGGAUUUAGAUUUACCGUCCGUAUGAAUUGGCAGAAAUAGACCAGUUGUCUCGCAUUUUCAUCUUGUCUCUUAGCCAAGACAGACAACCAUGGCAACCACUUUUCUCUUUGAGCACACAUGCGUUGUUAAGAAGACACGAACUACGUCAUCUCUUGCGCAACGUCUCGUCUUUGAACCCGCGAGGCAAAGCAUUUCGCCACCCAAGGACCGAUUAAGGACCAUCGAUUUUUUAAAAAUUUCUCUGGCUCUUUGUGCUGCUGAUCUCAUGUUCCACUCUGCGCGCGCUGUUUAACUUUGAGGAGUAAUCUGGGUCUUAUCCGUCAAACUGGCGCUGUUUUAGUUCAAAAACUCACCAGUUAUUUUGAUUUUGUUCUGCGCAACAAACCCAGGUUAAUUCACAUACGAAUUAUUCACGAAGCAAUUGAGAAAGAUAUAGGCUUUGUUUAAUUCUGACAGCUGAUCACGACUAUUUGUAUUAUUCGGACCAAUAAGCGCGCGCGAGAUCUUUCUCCACUACACAGUGUAAUUGACAAGGGUAGAUUUGUAUAAUAAAUGCAUACGUUUAAGACAACUUUCAAUGUUUUUUUUUCUAACCUUGGACAAAUUGUGGUUCAUUUUCGGCGGGAUUUAAGUAAAACGUCAUUCGUGUAUGUAUAGAUAUAUCUUUUUUUUUUAGAUAAUUCACAAUAGCCUUCGGUCAUAUCACCAUGCACUUUACCUGACGAAAACAAACCUUUCUCAAGAGAUAAUGGAAGCUAAAAAUAUCUAUGUUCGACUUAGUUGUAUUUUAAUUUUCAAAGGAAGUUCUGAUUCUUAAGGACCAAGAGAAAUUUUCGUUGACACAAAGUCUACUAAGUAAGGAGAGAGCGAAGAGCGACGUAAAUGUGCCGCUUGAAGAAGUACGACAUCAGCGCUCUACUUUUUCCCUCGCGAAUUUGACCACGCAAAGUAUGACCAAUUUUAAAUUUAUGAGCGAACUCGCAACUCGUCGAAAAUCAUACCUUAACUGCAUUUACUUGGAAGACAUAUUUUAAUUUACUUUUAACCUCAAUGUAAUGGCUACAAACUGGGGUAAAGUGAAGUAUAUUGCGCGAGUUAGACCCGACUCAGAUGAUGGCAUAAUUGAUGACUGUAAUGACUCGCUGGACGAAUGUGAGGUGCGAGUUAAAAUCAACGACGUCUUGGGAGAAACCGACCAGGACGACGGAUUUAAAACAAGAUCAAGACGGUGUCAACCGCAUUUGAAGCGGAUUCAGUAUGACAGUUUAUGUCUGUCUGUUCCACAAGACAUAGGAAGAGGGAAUGAUAUUCCUUACGAACAGGUGAAAUCAGGCCAAGCUGACAAAACUGCUUUGAGGAAAAGAAGUCACAGUGCAAAUUCGCUCUCAGUUUUAUAUGGCUCAGAGAUUAAUGGGGAUAUUCCGUUGCGGUCGCAAUCGCUGCUCAAAAUUGUAAACCGGCGGGUUCUUGUGAAGGAUUUGUUUGCAAAAGAAGAAGAAGUCGAUACUUACGAUAUGAAGUCAGGUGAUUAUGGCGACAGUGAGAGGGAAACAAUCCACACUUUAUCCAGAAAAGGAAACACGCAGGAGAUCAGAGUACUUCUUCAACAGAAUGAAGACAUCGACAAAAGAGACAGUUAUGGCAAAACCGCGCUUCACUGUGCCGUAUCAGCAGGCCAGGUCAAUACCGUGAAAUAUCUCCUCCACAACCAUGCAAACCCUAACCUUAAAGACCACAGAGAGGAGGCACCACUGCACGCCGCGGUGCGGACUGGAAACAUUGAAGUGGUCGAGGUAGGGUUUAAAUAACUUAAAUUACAUUUCUGAGAAUGCUCGGUCAGAUUAGAAACAAUGUCUGAAGAUGAACUAAGUGAUCGAAACUUUAAGGUGAUUCCUUAGUAUUGCAU